UGUCAGGUUGGACUUGGAGAUAUGAAUAGUGAUUUGAUGGUGUUUAUUUGUAUUAACGGUUUUGAUAGUGGACGUAGGUAAAUGAUACGGACAGGUAAACUUACCUGGGUUAUGUAUAGGUAUAUGUUUACAGGUAUAAACACACAUCUAUAUACAUACCUGAAAUACACAGGUGCUCUGUGGUAACUGUGCAUGUAUACAAACACGGCGAUAUACAUAUACAUACAGCCACAGGUAUGCUCAGGUGUUUUCUGUAUACCCAGAUACACACACAGGUGAGGUUCGGGCCGCGCUCUCUCUGAUCACAAGUUUACAACGGUAUACCACGGACUCACCGAGAAGACGGACUACCUUCUAUACCAUGGAGGCAACACAGGAACUUGAAAUGUAUAUAGACAAUGGCCGGUUCGCCAAACAGUGCUAGGAGUCACAGUAACGCAACAAUAGACAACAGUGGUACAGCUAGCCCAGCCGCAUCUAUCAACGGAGACGUUUUGUCCCGAAUUAAUGAAAGUUACCACGAAUCAAAAGCAAACCAGAUCUUCCGACUUUUACAAGAUCAGGAGAAUCUAAACAAAGUGUUAACGUCAAAGCCUAGCUGCGUAAAGUUAGCAAAAGACGACGAAGACGAAAUCGACGACAGUUUAAGCGAGGAUUCUUUGAAAGCAACUGAAAAACGGCUUUCAGUCCGGCUAUCGUUACAUAGACAAAGGGGCGGGAGGUCGAAGUCUUCUGUGGGAUUUUAUCACAAUGCUGAGGAUAUAAGUUCUGACGAAGACAACGAAAAAACCGACGAAAUGGCAGAACAAGAACGUCAGAUAAACACGCGGGUCAACAGACCCAAAUCAAGCUAUGUAAGACGAACCACGAUGUGUCAGAGUUAUGGUGACAGCGACGAUGAGCCUCGACCGCAGGUUCGGCCAAUGUCGCGUUGCGGGGUUCGAAGCGGGGACCCUCGGAGUCGUCGAAUGGUACUUAAGGAAACCAACUACAAUAACCAACAGGAAGUUCCCUUCAGGAAUCAAGUAGACGCGGAUCUCGACAAAGAUUCUGUGGACGGAACAAAGAACUAUGAUAAAUACGCGAACACACGAUAUGCGCCUACGACUGGUCUCAUACGGCAGAGAUCACGGAUCAGAGGAUUUUGUGACACUAGUAUGGCGACCGAUAUGUCUGUCUCUUCAUCAAGUACUGACAACAUGAACGCUAAAAAUAACUGCCAAAUUCAGGAGGAGACGACGGUUCUUUCCAUAGAUCCCCCGGACUCGGCACGGGAGUCUUCACCUCUACAGAAACACAGGAGACAGCAACUGAAAUCUGCACGGUCGAAUAGACCGACAUCUGAAAACGUGUUCUUAGUACGACAGCGGACGGAAUCCCGCCUUUCAAGGGGGCCCCAUACUACCACAUCUAGGCCCAAAUCAGAAAAAACUUUAGUUAACGCGUCAGGGAAUACAAAAUCUCUCUUGACUAUUGACACCAGUCCAAACCAGGGCACAACAUCAUCAAAGACUUACCAGUCACAGCAACUCCCUCUUAACACACUAACGCAACCACAGCGGCUUCAAAGGGAAAGUUACGACCGGAAACCGCAAGCGAGACCGGUCUCGCGUAGGGCUUCUCUCCGAGCUGAAGGUUCGGGGGCCGUUAGGAGUUCAACAAAAAACAUGUCUGUAUAUGGGGGAAGAGCACAGGCUAUUGGACUAAUGAAGCUACCCCCUCUGGACCCGGCCGUGAGUCAACGAGCCGAGCGAGCGCUAGUCAUCCCUACCGGAGAAACGUGUGCUUAGGUAACCAUGGAAACUGCAACGUACUUCCUUAUUCAAAUGUGCAUCACGUACUUCCGGCUCAUAAAGCGGGGGAGGUUUUAUUGUGGACAACUUAUUUGAGGACUCUUGGAGCUACUUCCGGCUUGAGAUAGAGUUUUGGCGUUGUACCACAUACUUUAAUGACAAUUUCUUUGGAGACGUGGUACAACUUACGGAUUGAUAAGUAAGGAAAUCCCAUAAUAUUUCCAUCGAAUUGAUAAGUGAAUAAGUCAUGUAUAUAUAUGCCUCAUGGUAAUACUUUUCGAAUCUUUUUCUGUUGUUCCAUUUAUUAAGUCGCCGAGGAGACAUUUCUUCUUUAAAACCUGAACUGAAUUGUUUGUUCUCAGUUAGUAUUGCUUCUUAUGACGUCAGAUUCUUACUGUCAACGUUCAUUGUCUUUACAGUAAAGACGAUAUCCACAAGGUAUAUAUAUAUAUAUAUAUAUAUAUGUAUAACUUAACGGUGUGAAAUUAGCAUGUCUUCUUCACUGAAAGAAGUCACAGUGGAUUGGUCGAUAUUUGUUUCACUUGGGAAAAGAAUGGAUUAUUGAACCAAGGUUUGAUAAAUACAGGUACGUUCGUGGACGUUGUUCCCUUAAUUUUAAAAUGACCAUUUAAUUUUAAUGGUACAAAAACAAAUAUGCAUUGACAUAUUUACCUGUCUUUUGGAGGAAAAACAACAACAAUUAAAUGUCGAAUUAAAAAUAUAUUAUUUGACUGAUUAUCAUCGUUACUCGUUUGCUGUACUUCAAAGCAACCGACCGUGAAAUUGUAACUGCUAUGGUUGAGAUGCGUUAGAAAGGAGGCAGUUUCUAAAACGGCAAGCGAUACCUGUACAUGUCAAACAGAAGCAAUUCUUUGCUUUCAAAUUCUUUUGUUAUGAUGGAAAUUUAAAUACUUGUUAUAAAACAUGUUUCCUGAUUAAACAUUUUAAGAAAUGU